GAACCAUAACAAUAGUUGGGUCAUGCUAACCGAUUAGCCGUGUCUCACUAUGUGACCAGGGUCCACGUCCGGAACAGUCUCCGAUUUACCUGCAGGUAUCGAGAUUGCCUUGAGGAUUACAUCAAAACGACGGGAUGUGAGGGUGUUGACGUCGUUUCGCAUUGUUUGCUGAGAACCAGGGCGACGUCGAUUGCCGUUAACUGGCUAAAGCUAAGACAACAACAACUAGAACAGCUGUGAGAAGAAGAGAUGGGGAACCAGCUGGCUGGCAUCGCCCCGGCCCAGAUUCUGUCGGUGGACAGCUACUUCUCCGACAUUCAUGACCACGAAUACGACAAGAGUCUGGGAAGCACUCGCUUCUUCAAGGUGGCGCGGGCGAAACACAGUGAAGGUCUUGUGGUGGUCAAAGUAUUCGCCAUCCAGGACCCAUCUCUACCGCUCACCAGCUACAAGCAGGAACUGGAGGAGCUGAAGAUCCGAUUGCACUCCUGUCAGAACUGUCUGCCCUUCCAAAAGACUUCUCUGACUGAGAAAGCCGCCAUCUUGUUUCGCCAAUAUGUCCGGGACAACCUGUACGAUCGGAUCAGCACACGACCGUUUCUAAACAACGUGGAGAAGCGGUGGCUCGCCUUUCAAAUUCUCAACGCAGUCGACCAGGCGCACAAGGUUGGUGUUCGCCAUGGCGACAUCAAGACCGAGAACGUGAUGGUGACAAGCUGGAACUGGGUGCUGCUCACAGACUUUGCAAGCUUCAAACCCACAUACCUGCCUGAGGACAACCCUGCCGACUUUAACUACUUCUUCGACACGUCCAGGAGAAGGACGUGCUACAUCGCCCCGGAGCGGUUUGUGGAUGGUAGCAUGUUCGCCACCGAGAGCGACCAGACAACUCCACUGGUGGACCUGACCAACAACAACCAGAGAAGCCGCGGGGAGCUGAAGCAAGCCAUGGAUAUCUUCUCUGCAGGUUGUGUGAUAGCAGAGCUCUUCAUGGAGGGAGUACCGCUCUUCGAUCUGUCUCAGCUUUUGGCAUACCGGAAGGGUCUUUUCCAAACUGACCACCUCCUCCAGAAGAUUGAGGACUGCAGCAUCAGGGAGCUGGUGGCUCAGAUGGUUCAGCGCGAGCCGGAGAAGCGUCUUACGGCGGAGGAAUAUCUGAAGCAACAGCGAGGGAAAGCUUUCCCAGAUAUCUUCUACACGUUCCUGCAGCCUUAUAUGGCUCAGUUUGCCAAAGAAACCUUUCAGUCUGCUGAUGAGCGAGUACUCGUCAUCCGCAAAGACCUGGACAACAUUUUGCACAACCUGCGUGGCGGUUCCUCUCAGGAUGCGAGCGACGGUGUCCUGACCUCCAGGGAGGAGCAGGGCCUGAUGGUGUUGGUGUCAGUCAUCACCUCCUGCCUGCAGACGCUACACUCCUGCGACUCCAAGUUGGCAGCACUGGAGCUCAUCCUGCACCUGGCACCUCGACUCGGCGUGGACAUCCUGCUGGAUCGCAUCACGCCGUACCUGCUGCACUUCUGCAGCGACUCUAUGCCGCGUGUGCGAGCCCAGGCGGUGCGCACGCUGGCCAAAGUGCUGGCGCUGGUCAAAGAGGUGCCGCGGAACGACGUGAACAUCUACCCGGAGUACAUCCUGCCAGGCAUCGCACACCUGGCGCAGGAUGACGCCACCAUCGUCCGUCUGGCCUACGCAGAAAACAUCGCCCACCUGGCUGAAAGUGCACUGCGUUUCCUGGAGUUAGUCCAGGAGAACAAUGUCAACACGGAGCAGGACAUCAGUGGAGAGGACUCGGAGGAAACCCUACACCCCAACGAGAACUACGACUCCGAACUGCAGGCGCUGCAUGAGAUGGUGCAGCAGAAGGUCGUGACGCUCCUCAGCGACUCAGAGAACAUUGUCAAGCAGUCACUGAUGGAGAACGGCAUCACCAGACUCUGCGUCUUCUUUGGCCGCCAGAAGGCCAACGAUGUGCUGCUGUCGCACAUGAUCACCUUCCUCAACGACAAGAACGACUGGCACCUGAGAGGAGCCUUCUUCGACAGCAUUGUCGGUGUGGCGGCGUACGUGGGCUGGCAGAGCUCAUCCAUCCUGAAGCCCCUCCUGCAGCAGGGUCUCAGCGACACAGAGGAGUUUGUCAUCUACAAAGCUCUCAACUCCCUGACCUGCAUGUGCCAGCUCGGCCUCCUGCAGAAGCCUCACAUCUACGAGUUUGUGGGCGACAUCGCUCCGUUCUUGUGCCAUCCCAACCUGUGGGUCCGUUAUGGGGCGGUGGGCUUCAUCACUGUGGUGGCGCAGCACCUCAACGUGGCUGAUGUCUAUUGCAAGCUGAUGCCACACCUGAAGCCGUUUGUCACGCAGCCCAUCAUCCAGAUCGACAAGGAGCUGGUGCUGCUCAGUGUGCUGAAGGAACCGGUCAGUCGGCCCAUAUUCGACUACACUCUGCGCUCCAAGGACAUCGGAAGCUUGUUCCGCCACCUGCUGCUGCGGCAGAAGAAGCGUGCCGCCUCCAUCCCUGAGUGCCCCGCCCCCGAGGAUGCCGCCAUCGCCCAGCUGCUGAAGAAGCUUCUCUCUCAGGGGAUGACUGAAGAGGAGGAGGACCAGCUGCUGGCGCUCAAAGACUUCAUGAUGAAGUCCAACAAGGCCAAAGCCAACAUGGGCGAGCAGACUCACUUGGGGGAGGCGGCCCAGACCGGCGUCAUUGACCUCGCCAUGCUUGGCAUCACUGGGCGCCAAGUGGAUUUGGUCAAACCCAAGACGGAGGUGGAGGACAGGAAAGCUCGGAAACACACCAAGCAAGACUCCACCAUGAACGAGGAGUGGAAGAGCAUGUUUGGAUCGCAGGAGCCAUCCAGCGCCCCGCCGGCCCCGGUGAGUGCAGAGGAGAGCAGAGAGCCACUCGACCACGCUCCAGUUUGCUUAAGCCUUUCUUCACAGGCUGGUGACGCUGCAUCAGCUCAGACGAAGAAGAGCUCGGUGACGCCGGCGGGUCCGCUGCUGCAGUCUGUGGCCAGCGGUCCGGCGUACCAGCGGCGCCUGAACACCUGCAAGGCGGAGCUACAGCAACUGGUGCAGCAGAAGCGUGAGCAGUGCAGCGCUGAGCGCAUGGCCAAGCAGAUGAUGGAGAGUGCUGAGUGGGAGAGUCGCCCUCCUCCACCUGGGUGGCACCCCAAAGGUCUGCUGGUCGCCCACCUGCACGAGCACAAAGCCGCCGUCAACCGAAUCAGAGUGUCUGACGAGCACGCCAUCUUCGCCACGGCGUCCAAUGAUGGCAGCGUGAAAGUGUGGGACAGCCAGAAAAUGGAAGGCAAGACCACCACCACGCGGUCGGUGUUGACGUAUUCGCGCAUCGGUGGUCACGUGAAGACCCUGACCUUCUGUCAAGGGUCGCACUAUCUCGCCGUCGCCUCCGACAACGGAUCCAUCCAGCUGCUCGCCGUUGAGGCCAACAAGCCUCCCAAGUCGCCCAAAGUGCAGCCCUUCCAGUCCAGGUCUCUGGACCUCCAGCAGGACGGCUCAGCUGUGGACAUCCACCACUUCAACUCAGGUGCUCAGUCGGUCCUGGCCUAUGCGACGGUGAACGGGUCCCUGGUGGGCUGGGACCUUCGCUCCAACAGCAACGCCUGGACGCUGCAGCACGACCUGAGACUGGGACUCAUCACGUCCUUCAGUGUGGACAUGCACCAGUGCUGGCUGUGUCUAGGAACCAGCAGCGGCACCAUGGCCUGCUGGGACAUGCGCUUCCAGUUGCCUAUCUCCAACCACACACACCCGGCAAGAGCGCGAGUACGGCGCCUGCUCAUGCACCCGCUCUACCAGUCAUCCGUCAUCGCAGCUGUCCAGGGGAACAACGAGGUGUCGAUGUGGGACAUGGAGACCGGAGAUCGGAAAUUCACUCUGUGGGCGAGUUCUGCCCCGCCUCUGUCCGAACUACAGCCGUCUCCUCACAGCGUCCACGGGAUCUAUUGCAGUCCUGCUGACGGGAAUCCUCUGCUGCUGACCGCCGGUUCUGACAUGAGGAUCAGGUUCUGGGACUUGGCGUACCUGGAGAGGUCGUAUAUCGUCGCAGGCGGAGCCAAUGACUCGCUGCAUUGCCCGUCAGUUCUCUACAGCAGGAAAAUCAUAGAGGGAACUGAAGUUGUUCAGGAGAUCCACAGUAAGCAGAAGAGUGGCGUCGUAGAGGACUCGCCGCGGCGCGGCCCGGAGUCUCUCCCCGUGGGACACCAUGACAUCAUCACCGACAUCGCCACCUUUCAGACGACCCAGGGAUUCAUUGUGACAUCGUCCAGGGACGGAAUCGUCAAAGUCUGGAAGUGAGGACGGCACCACCAAGUGUUGGCGCUGAACUCUUGAGACAGAAACUGGUGGUUUGAUUCCACCAUCAGGUUGCAGACUCUGCUUUCCCGACUGUUGAUUAACAAAUGAAGUUGUUCCUUGAAGCUGUUACAAACGUUUUACGUUUCUGCCGAAGUGACUUGUCGCCAAUGUAGAUCUUCACGACAGGCUGCAAACUCAAGCUGAUGUACACCAACUAUAAUGUCAUCGACCAUGUGCUCAGCCACGCCCACUUCCAUUUGCCUGAUCAUUAAUAUUGUAAAAUAAUAACAAUUGUAAUGUUUAAUCUUUAUGGACUCAAAAGUCCCACCUCAAUAAA